AUGUUUCCACUCGCUAACCACUGUUCCGAUGGUGAUGAUGAUAAUGAUGAUGAUGAUGAUGAUGAUGACGACGACGACGACGAUGAUGAUGAUGAUGAUGAUGAUGAUGAUGAUGAUGAUGAUGAUGAUGAUGAUGAUGAUGAUGAUGAUGAUGAUGAUGAUGAUGAUGAUGAUGAUGAUGAUGAUGAUGAUGAUGAUGAUGAUGAUGAUGAUGAUGAUGAUGAUGAUGAUGAUGAUGACGAUGGCGUUGUUCGAGGGCGAGGACAACACUUUCAUUAUGUUGUUACCGACAAAGAAAAGGGAGACUGUCGACGGCGAAGUGCUUGAAAAUCCCGGAAAUGCCUAAACGACGGAAAACAGUUCGAGAAGGCCUAUAUGCUGUUCUACACUUCAAGUCGAUUAGGAGGACUGUAGGCAGUGCGUAGGGCAAAACUGCGUUCUUAUACACUUUUAUCGUCCUUCCGUCCGGGUUGGUUUUGAUGGGUAUGGCAUGAGUCCACAGGGCAAUGAUUACGUUUUAGUCCAGUGAGCAACUGGGCGAGACCAAAAACCCGGCUCUCCUCUGCCUGUGACUGAAAUGAUGUGACUGAUCCCUAACCCCUACUCCUAGCACUAACCUCUAACCCCAAAUCCCAACCCUUACCCCUAAACCUGAUCCCUUACCCUUACCUCCAUCCCCUAAUCCCGCUCCCUGACCCCUAAUAGAUAUGGCUACGAAAUAAGAUUUCAGCGUGACCUCUGCCACUUAUACGGGUCUAGUUUUCUCCGGGGAGCCGUAGAAAGUGCGAUCAAAACCUGGCGUUGCAUGUUCAUAUCACGUCGGGGUCACCACUUGUUGAGGCAGGAUAAUCGGCAGUUCGAGACUUCCUAAAUCUAAAGGCAGGGAUGACCGACAGCGGCAAUAAGUACUCUCAGUAGUCAUGUCAACAGUUUGAGCUGUUUUCCCGGUAGCGAAGUGGGUGCCCGUGUCUGAUCCGCGUACGGUUGCGGCCAAUCGACGAGGGCCAUGUCACACGCGCGCAGGCAGUGGUUGGCAGGUGAAGGCGGGAUGUGUAGGCGGUCGACAUGACGACUGCGAGACCAAACCGCUACAAGUUAAUAUGUUGCUAUGCCCUCACUACUAUAUUAACUAGUCAGUUUAUAGUACCAGAAACCUCUGAAAAAGGCCAUAUGACUUUUCUUAUUUUAUCCACCUCGUCUGCCAACGGCUGUCAGUGGUGUACAGGGUAUAACAGGCUCACAUUUUCUACUUUUGCGGUUUCUGAAGGACCCGGAUGGCCAAUCCACACCGGCCGCUAGCAUUCAGCAAUUAGAGCUCAUCAAGAAUUUGGGCCCUUACACCCAAAAUAUUAAUGGGUGGGAAAUGAGGAACUUCUUUGCUCAUCGCAUUUUGAAAAAAUAAGAAGCAACCCGGAUAAUUUUUACUCCUGUUACUGGUCGACCUUGAAAAAAACGAAAAAUCACAAAAAAUGCGAUUCGCGGAAGAGUCCAAGACUGAGUAAAUUCCCCCAUUUCCGUACUCACUUCAGAGUCUCGGGAAAAUAUUCGAAUUUUUGCGUGACGGCAGCUCUCUGAGUAUAUUUGAUCACUCGAAGAGAUCAUAUUGUGCAAAUUUUCUGCCCCGAAGGAGAUUAUCGUAAAUAAAUCUCCAAGUGCUUGCAGGACCCCUGCGCCUGGAAUAUCUUGAUGCAAGCAAUGGACUUGAGUAGGUUUCAUUACAACCAUCUUUUCAUCGUCUUUGGUGAGCAGGUUUCUGUAAUUGAUCCGAUUUAUUCCGUCGUGAGAUACUACCCAGACUUACAUUUCAUUGGUAGGGGACGCUCACCGAUCGUUCAUACGGAUCUCUCUCGUUCCGUUUUGCCUUAUGGACUCUCUCUCUCUCGAGCCCAACCAACAGCCGCACAGCGGCGCAUGAUAUAGGCAGAAUGGCAUUACCGACAAAGACAAGGGAGACUGGAAUGUCCAUUUCUGGCUUAUUAGCCCGUAAAAAAACCCUACAGGGCUUAUUAGCCCGUAAGGCAAAACGGAAAGAGAGAGUUCCGUAUGAACGAUCCGUGAGCGCCCCCUACCAUUGUCUAUUCCCGAUCGAAAAGCGACAGGGCAACGGGCUCGUGGCCCAGUGGUUAGAGGCGUGGACUUCUAACUAACAGGUCGCGAGUUCGAGCCUCGGGUGUUCCACACUUCGGGGUUGGGUAUGACUGGCUGACGACGGCUAAUAAGCCAGAAAUGGCCAUUCCAGUCUCCCUUGUCUUUGUCGGUAAUGCCAUUCUGCUUACAUUUCAUUGUCAUAGGAGGCUGCUUAGCUCGACCAGACGGGAAAGCCGGAGAUCAUCUCAGCUCCAGAGGACGCUAACGGCGUUGGGAAUAACGUCAGCGUCGGUACUGGGACCGAAGAUAGGAGUGCUUACUAGUUCGACCGCCGCGUCCGACAAUGUCCGCCGUAUGUUCUACACAAAGGUGAAGCACGCACGGUGACUUGCACGUGUCUAGUUUACAGUGAGUGUAGAUUUGCGCUGCAUCUAUCGCACUUCCUCCUCCUCCCCUACCUGAGCCUGACGUUAAGAUAAAGUCAAGAAGACCGGAGGCGGGGGAGGACGCAGGCGGAUGGCGCGGCCGAACCUGCGCCUGGGCGCUCCACUCCAUACGUUCCAGCCCACAACAAGCAUUUGACCAGGAUUUUAACUAAUAACAACAACGCCACGACGAGACAGAGGACGACGUUGGUUGGGCAGCCAUGCACACGACCUGUAUACCCAGGGGGAGCGCAAGCACAUCCACCGCCAGAGAACCAGGCACCGGAGAAUUGCCGGCGUACAUCCGGCUGUGAAAGUCAUGGCUAGCUAAUCAUGGCAUAGCAGACGCUCAUUAACAGCUAUUAACAAAGCCAUACCCACUUGUUCUGUGUUGGUCGACGCAACAGAACCUCCCCACUGAUUUGUGCUGUGGUACCGUACGUUACCGGCAAGACAGUGAGACCCGCAAGUAACGAUCAAGUUUAAAACAUCCGCUUAACACAAGAACUCAGAUAUUAAGAAUGUAUGUGCUCCGGUUUAUCCCUCUCGGAUGCAUUCGACCAGGACAGUUCCUGGGUCUCAAAACAUCAUUCGAUCGGGGGCGAGGACACUCAUUGGUCUUCGCCCCCCCCCCUCCAGCGAUACACAGGAAAAUAAGUACUUAAAGGUGGAAGCAGACUUUUUUCUAAAAAAAGCAUGCAUCUUCUUUUUAUUGCUUUUUCAGGGUAUUUAUCGGGUGCCUGCCUCUAAAGUGAAAGUGGCCGCUCUACUCGAACGAAUCCGUCCUGCACAGGAGGCCUCCUACGCAUGCAUUGACCUCUCCGACGAGCACCCCCUCACACUGGCGAGUGCCAUCAAAACUAAACUUAUCUCGGUACGGCUGCUUUUUACUUGUGUGUCGGCAGUGUUUCUUUUUUCGCCGACUCCGCUUCUGUCGUGACACUCAAAAAGUGUGUAAACUGAGGUGAUUAGCAAAAACACUGUGAUUGGCUUUUUGUGCCUUCCUAACGUCCUUCUGGGCUUUACCAUUGUCACAUGUAUGGUGCGAAUUUUAGCCGGGAAAAGAGGACUGUGGACUUUAGUCGAUGAAACACCAAUUGCCUGCUGUGCGCAUGGUGUUUUUUUCCUAUUUUUAACGCUGUCUUGGCGAUGCGACAAGUACCGAUUUGCUAAGCUUGUAGGCGCACAGAAAAAGGGUCGAUUCUCAGGAAAAUCUUGAGGUACUUCUCGUGCCAAACAAAAUACCCCAAACACAUACCUCAUUAAAGUUUAAGUGGCACGUCUUAACAGCCACUGAGUCCGAACUCCUCGGCUGACCUUAAGCCCUCAGUUGAAGAGGAUGAUAGCGCACAGCAAGUACCCGAGUCCUAGUCUGAUUCCGUUUCGGAUGAUGGAUUCGAAGGUAGGACAUGGGGCUGGGGGCUCCUCGUACUACUGGUGGGUUUGCGCUAAAUUCUAGGGGUUGUGGGAUACAGGAAUGGGUUCCUGCCUGUAUUACCGGAAGUCCACAUUCCCAUGUACGACAAAUGCGAGUGUUAAUCCGACAUGUUAGGUGAAUAAACUCCUGUUCCGAUGAUCGCUCCUCUUUCUUCUUAGUACCUGUGCUGAACUCCUGGACGAUUUAAGAGUGCUUACCGUCUUAUUUCCACUAAACAUACAUGUUCUUAUACUGUAGAUCGCCCUACUUAAUUGGGAAACAAGUGUCUCCCUCGAACAGUUAGGUGUUCUUCACAGAUUGUCUGAAAAUUCCUGCCUUUACUGGAAUCAGCAAGCGCGAACAAUCACAUUCAUGAAAUCUACCGGAAUUGCUCUCACGUCCGGGGGUUUGGAGGCAUACUAA